GCAGAACGAGGAGAAGUCGAUGGACCACCUGACUGUGAUCAGUGAGAGCUCAGAGACCAGUAAUGGUUUCGCUCUCGCCGUGGGCCAAACGUCUCCCACAGCGUCCUCUGUGUCGCCCAAGCUUCACGCCAAGCCAGGCAGCCAUGUUAACGGCCAGCCUCGCUUGGGCAGCCGGUCCGGCUCGUUGGCGGCGGGCUCGCCCAGGCCCUCGCUGACCCGCCAGCCCAGCACCAUCACAGAGGGCGCUGGGGACGGGUCCAAACCGAGGGACUACCUGUUCCUGGCCAUCCUGUCCUGCUUCUGCCCGCUGGUCCCCAUCAACAUUGUGGCCCUGACCUUCUCUGUGAUGUCCAGAAACAGUCUGCAGCAAGGCAACGUGGACGGAGCGCGCCGUUUGGGUCGGAACGCUAUGGUGUUGUCCGUCGUCUCCAUUUUAGGGGGAAUCGCCAUCAUCGCCACGGCAAUCGCCCUCAACUGGGGCUUGAUCCUAAAGUCCUGAACAACAGAACCAGUAGAACCAGCACAAAGACAGCAUCUUCACAACACAACACAACACCGUGGAGCCUGGAGCACCUCACUGGAUGAAAAACUGCAUUUUUGUCCUGUUUCUUUAUUUUUGCAUGGUCCACCUGACACGACCAGAACCGAGCCCGACAGAAGAAUGGAUCAGCGCUGCUCUGUGGUUGCAGCUCAUCUUCUCCUCAAACGUCGUCAUGGAAACAGACUCUCAUCAUCACUCUAAGCUUUUAGGGAUGGUCAGAAACGGAACCAAGCGGUGUUUUAAUGUCUGAUGCCAAAAAAACUAAAAAGCCAAAACAGUUCUGAGCUGAUGUGAAGAUGGGGGUGGUGCUGUGGCACCGUCAGCGCCCCCCACCGAGAACUUUUAUUGUGAAGGAGAAGGACAAACGUUUGUUAGAAAGAUUUGUUGUUUCAGCUAAAGUAACGUCAGCAUUUUUAUUUAAUUUGUCUGAAAAGAUGAGUUUGAAUUUGUGAUUGUAGAGAAACCAGCUGCAGUUUUCUCAAACAGGAAGUUAAAUCAAUGGAACCCU